ACAAUGAAAUCUGUGAUUUCCAUUUGAUUUCACGCGAAAGCUUUUUGUUAUUCCCAGCUAUUUAUUCUCUAGGAUUUAUGAAAGUUUUCGUUUUUCUUCGAGAGUUAAAAUUCGGAAAAAUUGGGGAUUAUUUUAGAAAAAGUGAUGUUCAGGAAUAUUGCGGUUGGUCUGUCUGGGGGGGUUGACAGUGCUGUUGUUGCUCUGUUGUUGAAGAGGAAAGGGUUCAAUGUUACGGCGGUUUUUUUGAGGAAUUGGGACACUGCUGAUGAGACUGGAAAGUGUCUUGCUGACGAGGAUUAUAGAGAUGCUCAGUAUGUUUGUAGAAAGAUCGAUGUUCCUCUUGUUGAGGUGAAUUUUGUUAAGGAGUAUUGGCACGAAGUGUUCACGUACCUCCUGGAGAGCUACCAGAACGCAGCCACUCCAAAUCCCGACAUAAUGUGCAAUAAGAACAUAAAAUUUAAGAAAUUCUAUGAUUUUGCGAGAGAGAACUUGAAGGCUGAUGCCAUAGCCACCGGUCACUACGCAAGGUCCUCCUUCGGUCCUUAUCUGGAGAAAUUUAAACCAGACACCAAAAUGAAACUGCUGCAUGCAGUAGACGAAAAGAAAGAUCAGACGUUUUUCCUGUCACAAGUUAGUCAGGAGUCGUUGCAGAGGUGCAUGUUCCCUCUAGGUGGAAUGCUGAAGACAGAUGUGAAAAAAAUAGCUAUGGAAGCUGAUCUGGAAAUAAUUGCCCAGAAGCCUGAGAGCAUGGGGAUCUGUUUCAUUGGAACUCGAACCUUCCAAAAUUUUAUACCACAAUAUCUGGAGAAUAAACCUGGGAAUUUCGUAGACUACGACACGGGGAAUAUCGUUGGCCAACACCAUGGGAUUCACUACUGGACUCUGGGUCAGGGCUGUCGAAUUGCUGGCACUCGUAAAAAAUUCUAUAUCUUCCAGAAGAGCGCCAAGACGGAGGACAUCCUGGUUGUGGCAGGUACAGAUCAUCCAGCAUUAUUCUCUCGAUUGAUGGUCACAUCGAAUCCCCACUGGAUUCAUGAAGAGCCAGAGGAGUUGAUCGACAGUUGGACAGUUCUCAAUUGUGAAUAUAGGAUUCAGAGGAAUGAGUUACUCUGUCCCUGUCGAGUUUAUAAAACUACCAGUGGUCGAUUGGUUGUUAUUUCUGAGAGGGCGAAAAGGGCUGUGUCUCCCGGGCAGUUCGUUGUUUUGUAUCGUAACGAGGAAUGCCUGGGGAGUGCUCCUAUAACGUACGCAGGGCCUUCCCUUCAAGCCCUUGGGGAAGUCGCAGUCUCGUCAGACAUUGAAGAGAGUGAUAGGUCAUUUGAAACGAUCGCAGUGAAUUAGAGUGAAUAACUUUUAAUA